UAGCAAAUAGCUCGCGGUUGCGGGAAUUAACGGUGAGCCGGCACGUAAUGGCAGGGGCUUCUGUCUCCUUGUCAUCCCUCUCAACUUAUCUGUCAUUACCUUCUUCACAUCGAACUCUUGCCCCAAAACCUUAUCACCUACUCGCCGCCGCACCUCCAAUUUCCACCUCCUUCUUUCCUUGUUCUCUCUUUAUCACUACUCCCACUUGGCAUCGUCUCCGUAGGCGUAAAGUGAGAGACUUAACCGUCGCUGCAGAUGAUGUCGACGUCGAUUCUGUUGGCGGUAACGAUUACGACAUUGACGCUGACGAGGACGAAGUGGAGGAGCUGGACAACAAGAAGGACUAUGACGUGGAGUACGAUCACCUUCUUGGAGUCCCCAUUCCGCAGGCAGAUGGUUCAUCGUCGGAUGACAUUGAGAUGAUUCAAAGCAGCAGCUUCGUCUCCACCCAGGGCACGGAGUCGGAGAAGGUGGUAGAUUACCGGAUUAACGAGGAGGAGUUCCACAAGAUUAGCCUUCUACACUGCGAUUUUUUCAUCCGAAAGCCGCCUGACCCCGAUAAUAACGUCUAUGACUUUAGAGAGAUGUACGUCACCCCACCGGACAACGAUGUGUAUUCGAUUCCUAAGGUUAUUGCUGCGAUGCCUCAGAAGUACAUACGUUGCUCCAAAACAGAUUUUGGCUGUUACAAUGUUACUGAGCCACCAAUAGAUGCACCUCGUGAUCCACUAUAUAAGACUGAUAGGGAAAUCUUAAAGGUUUUCCUCACAAAACAUUACAGGAACAGACGUAUUGAUGACCCUGAAUUUAUACUUGAUUUUGAAGAGAUCUAUGUUAUUGACUCAAAAUCAAAAUCAAUAACCAGAGCUAAAGUUAUUGUAACAUUGCCAGACGGGAAAGAAAGAGAUCGAAGGAAGGACCUACUCAUCAUUCGUGAUGGUGGAACAUCCUUCAAGAUAAUUGACAAGAGCCAAAGGGAUGAUGCGACAACAGUAAUAGAAAGGGAAGAGUGGAUGGAGUCAAGGCGAGCCAUGGAGAAACACCUUAGCAAACUUCGGGACUUCCACAUUUCAAAUUGGUUUUAAUGAGCUAGUAAUUCUAGCUGAUGAUGGCCAUUUCAAACUACUCGAUGAAGCAGAAUUCAUGAUCUAAGUGGAUUUGAUUUCUACGGCAACUUACUUCCUGCUUUCGUAGCAAUCUUAAGACAAUCUUAUGUUGCAUUACUUGAUUAAUAUGGCAAUAUAAGGCUGUGAUGAUGUGGUGUUGUGUGAGCAAAAUUUAUAUGGAAAAUGUCAUGUUUUGUUUAGUGGUGCUUAGUUGCACAUUGUAUGUUUCAAUGAGAAAUAAAGACCUCAUUAUUUUUUUAGAGUGAAGUUAUUUUUCGUAUUUGAUGCUGGU